GGUAAGGUUGACAUGGGCAGCGCGACAACACCAGGACCGAGGCGGCCCCGUGCCUCGGCAGCCCCAGAUUUGUUGGCGUCAGUAGCGUCACUGCCGCACGCCUGGGGCCUCUGGGGGCUGCCACAUGGGGGGAGUUGGGCGAGAUGGAGUGCUGCGGAUUGGCUGCAGGCGCAUUGGAGGCCGGAACGGGGUCCCGGGGGUUGAGAGGGAUCACCUGUGGAGGACGUGCUGUGGCGAUCUUCUGGCGGACGGGCCUAGCUUUUUUGCUUCUGUGGUUGCACGGGCGCGUUAUAGGCCUGGAGGGCACCUGGAAAAUGCGAGAAGCUGAAAAGGAAUCUUGGAAGGUGGCCAGCCAACUCAGCACAUGGCGUCCAUAGAUUUGAU